AUGGUCCGUUCGUCCCUGCUCAAGUCUGCGGCCUUGGUGUCGUCGACGCUGCUGGCGUCUCUAGCUGCUGCGAACACGGGUCAAGAGACCGUCAAAAUGGCGCAUCCGUCCGGCGCAACAGCGGAGAUCGCUCUCGUCGGCGCAACUGUGAUCUCAUUUACCACGGCCGCACACCCGGACCGUGACGUGCUGUUCAUGUCGAAGAAGUCACAAGUGGACGGCUCGAACGCUAUUCAAGGCGGCAUCCCCAUCGUGUUCCCGAACCUAGAUAGCUCUAUGGGCUUCAAAGUCCCUGACCGCGGGUUUGCCCGUACCACCAAGUGGUCCGUCGUCAGCGAGCAGCCAUCGACCGAAAGAGACGAGGACAGUGUUGCCACUUUCCGUAUGGAAUCCAGCGAUGCAACGCGUCCGAUGUGGCCUUUCGAAUUCGAGCUCGAGUACGAGGUGAGGCUGAGCUCAGAUUCGAUCCAAACGAAGCUGAUUGUGCACAACACUGACUCGAAACACAUCGAGUUCGACGUGGUGCUGGACAACUACAUCCGCACCAACGACAUUCUGAAGGACAGCGUCAAAAUUGCGGGUCUGCAGAAUGUCGACUACUUUGACAGGGUGACAAAGUCGACUCAAAACGAUACGCGCGAGAGCUUCACAAUUACAAAGGGGGUUGACAGCAUCUACAAGGAUGUCUUUAAAGACGUUAUGGCCUACAUCCGAGGUGACACUUACGACCAGAUCGUAUCCGUCCACUUCUCUGCCCUGGUUUUUGGUGGCGGUCACAAACCCGACUACUUCCAAACGGAUUGCGUCAUCAGGAACCCCGGCCAGAUGAGCGCGGAGGCCAUGGAGGAUUUUGGUGACGACGAGUACCGUUACACGGUCGCCAUUGGCCCGGGAAUAGUGAGCGAGAAGCAAGUGAUUGCGCCUGGCUUCGGGUACGAGCUGAGCCAACUCAUCACGGUUUUGGAGGCUGGAAUCGAGUAA